AUGACUGAAUCACGUCUCUCUCCUCUCCGUUCCACUCCAACAAUACCUCGACUAGAACUUUCGGCAAUCACAAUCGGAGCGAAAUUAACGAAAUUUCUACACUCUCGACUCGAUGUUCCGAUUCAAAAAUCCUACAUUUGGUCGGACAGUAAAGUAGCCCUCAUGUGGACAAAAGUUGAGAAAACAUUACCAAUAUUCAUUAACAACCGCGUGGAAAGCAUCAGGACUAACGCUCCUUCGUCGAUUUUACGCUAUGUUCCGGGAGACGGAAAUCCGGCUGACGUUGCCAACAGAGGAAUGUCUAUAAAAGAACUACUACAUUCUCAACUAUGGUUCAAAGGACCUUCAUUUCUUUUAUAUUCUGAGGAAAAAUGGCCAGACGAUAUCAGCCAAUAUUCAACCAAAGAUGAAGAAACGGAAGAAUGCCUUCUUUCUCAAGAAGCAAUGAAAAAAGAAGAACCACUAUUUCAAGAAACUCGAUUCAGGGAUGGUUCUGCUCUUCAUCGUCAGGAAAUCACCAAACGUAUCGAACGUAUCAUCUGCCGACAAGCACAAAUGAGUCAUCCCCCGAGUGAUGCCGUAAUAAAGCAAUUGAACCUAUAUCAAUGUGAUCGUACACUUUUAUGGAGAUGUAGAGAAAGGAUCCACAAUGCAAAUCUAUCACAAAUCACGAUUGAAGCGAUAUAUCUUCCAAGAGAAAGUUAUAUCACCACACUCCACAUUCUCCAUAUCCAUUGUAUGAGUCACCAUUGCGGCGUCUAA